GAGAGGGAGAGGGGCGGACACACGGGGCUCGCCGGACGCGCUCCCUCUUAAGGCGCUCAUCUCCAUCACCACCGACAUCACGGACCGAUCUGGGGCAACGCGGAGGACACGAUUUGCAGCCCACGAUCUGGACCAAUUCCUUGACGAGGAGAGCUGAGGUUACAUUCUCACAGUGCACAGUUGAGCCGGUGAGAUAUGGACUUCACCGUGGUCCACCUGAUCGUGGGCGAGAAUACCAUGAGGUCCUCGGGUUCUGGAGCUGUUCUUCUCAUGAUCCUCUUGAGUCACAUGACAUCAGCGCUCGAAGUGCCCCUUGAUCCUAAGGUCCUGGAAGGAUUGCCCCAGCCCCCGACUAUUACGCUACAGUCACCGAAGGAUUACAUCUUUGACCCACGGGAGAACAUCGUCAUCCACUGUGAAGCCAAGGGGAAGCCCCACCCCAACUUUUCUUGGACGAGGAAUGGGAGCCAUUUUGAUGUGGAGCAAGACUCUAAAGUUCUCAUGAAGCCUAGUUCGGGAACUCUGGUCAUUGACAUCAGUGGGGAAAAAGCCGAGGCCUACGAGGGGACUUACCAGUGCACGGCCCACAAUGAUCACGGCACGGCUAUCUCCAACAACAUUGUCAUCAGACAGUCCAGGUCCCCCUUGUGGUCGAAAGAAAGACUUGAGGCCAUCACAGUGCAGAUGGGGGUCUCGCUGGUGCUGCAGUGCCGACCCCCGGCAGGGCUGCCCCCUCCCGUUAUAUUUUGGAUGGAUAACAUUUUCCAGAGACUGCCGCUGGACAAUCGAGUGUCCCAGGCCCUGAACGGAGACUUGUACUUUUCCAAUGUCCUCCCGGAGGACAACAGGAAUGACUACAUCUGCUAUGCCCGCUUCCCUUAUACACAGACCAUCCAGCAGAAGCAGCCCAUCUCCGUCACCGUGCUGGAGAUGGAUACAAUGAAUGACACCUCUUUAUACAAUGUCACUAACUUUAGUGCCAACCCGACGGGGGAGCGGCGUCCUGGUUUUAUGACGCCUCUGGGCGCCUCCAGCACCAAGAUGGUCCUGCGAGGGGAGACUCUCGAACUGGAAUGCAUCGCCGAAGGCUUGCCCACUCCGGAGAUGUCUUGGCAGAAAGACGGAGGAGAGCUGCCGACCAGUAGGGUGUCGUUCCUCAACUACAAGAAAACCCUGAAGAUUUUGGACGUAAGCGAAGCCGACGCCGGCGACUACACCUGCACGGCCACCAACCGCCUGGGCACGGCACACCACAACAUCAAGGUCAAUGUCAAAGCUGCUCCGUUCUGGAUCAGCGCUCCCAGGAACCUGAUCCUCGCCCCAAAUGAGACUGGCAUCCUGACUUGCAGAGUCAAUGGAGACCCCAAGCCGGAUAUAAAUUGGUUUGUCAAUGGAGUUCCCAUAGAAAAUGCUCCUGAAGACCACACCCGCAAGGUGGAUGCCGACACAGUGAUUCUUAGCCGUGUGCAGUCUGGGUCCAGUGCCGUUUAUCAGUGCAACGCCUCCAAUGAAUUUGGCUACCUGAUCGCCAACGCGUUUGUCAGUGUGCUCGCUGAGCCCCCGAGGGUGCUCACUCCCCCCAACCAAGUGUACCAGGUCAUCACCAAUAGCCUUGCUUUACUACACUGCGCCACUUUCGGCUCACCGAUACCAACCAUUACAUGGUUCAAAGACAGUCAGAUCAGUAUUAAGAGUGAGGACCCCUAUGUGAUCCACGAGAAUGGUACUUUGGAGAUCAAUGUGGCCCAGUCGCAAAACAGCGGGAAGUACACGUGCAUUGCCACCAACAACCUGGGCGUCAAGGAGAACCAUGUCUUCCUGGAGGUUAAAGACCCCACACGCAUCCUGAAGCAGCCGGAAUACAAGGUGGUACAGCGAGGCACGAGCGCCGUGUUCGAAUGCAAAGUCAAACACGACCCAUCCCUCAUCCCCACCAUGACCUGGCUCAAAAACAGCGGCGAACUGCCCGACGACGAGAGGUUUGAGGUGGACGCCGACAGUUUGACCAUCAAAGACGUGACGGAUGAAGAUGCGGGCACUUACACGUGCAUCAUGAACACUACCCUGGACCGGGACUCCGCCAGUGCCACGCUUACUGUCGUCGAGGCUACUCCUACGCCAGCUAUUGUCUACGAGAAACCUGACCCGCCCACUGAUCUGGAACUCACUGACCAGACCGAGCGGAGUGUUCAGCUCACUUGGAUCCCUGGCGAUGAACACAACAGUCCCACACAAAAGUUUUUGAUCCAGUACGAGGAUUUGCUGCACGAGCCCAGCAUCUGGGUCAACAUGACAGAGGUUGCUGGUACGAGGACCACGGCGCAACUAGACCUCUCGCCGUAUGUCUACUACUCCUUCCGGGUUCUGGCAAAGAAUCAGGUGGGCUACAGCCAACCCAGCCAGCCGUCGCGCCAGUACAGAACCAACCCAGCAGCCCCUGAUGAGAAUCCUUCAGAUGUUCAUGGAGAAGGAACAGAACCUGGCAACCUUGUCAUCUCCUGGAAAUCGCUCACAGGAUUCCAGUCAAAUGGGCCCGGUUUGGAGUACAAGGUGCUGUGGAGACAGAGUGAUGUGGAUCAAGAUUGGUCCUCCAAGACGGUGGCCAACUCUUCACAUUUUGUCGUGUCCGGAGUUCCAGUCUACGUACCCUACGAGAUUAAAGUUCAGGCUUUGAACGACUAUGGCAACGGGCCGGAGGCCGAAGUCGUCGUCGGUUACUCCGGGGAAGACUUGCCUUUGUCCGCCACCGAUGGCGUCCUGGUCAUGGUUCACAACAGCACCGUGGCACAAGUGCACUGGGAGCCGGUGUCUUCUCACUCAGUCCGUGGGAAACUAAAGGGCUACAAGGUAUACUACCGUCGCGAACGAGGCUUGCAUGAGACUGAGGAGGAAGUGGAUCAAGAGGCACAACACCAAGUUCUGACCUUCAGUGGGAACCAGACCGAGGGACGUCUGCCGGGCCUCCAGCCGUACAGCCUCUACAUCAUCUUCAUCAGGGUCUUGAAUAGCAAAGGAGAAGGUCCUCAGAGUCAGGAGAAGCAAUUUGAGACACCCGAGGGAGUUCCAGGACCACCUUCUUUUCUAAACGUCUUGAAUCCCAGUUUGGACUCUCUUACUCUGGAAUGGGGCCCACCAGUGAACAAAAACGGACGCCUUACUGGAUACACGCUUAAAUACCAGCCAGUCAGUAAUACCACCGAAGUGGGGCCGGUCAAGGUCAUGGAUUUUCUGGUCAACGAGACCACCGUGACGCUGGACAAUUUGAACUCCAGCGUGCUCUACAAGUUCUACCUGAGCGCAAAGACCAUCAAAGGCGCUGGCGCCAACGUCACCAAAGAGGCCUCCGCCGUCAUGGGAACAAGCCCCACACAGCCCCCUCCUCACCCAACCUCCCCCGUCACUCAGUCUGCGCACCCCCCGCUUCACAAGGCGCCCUCUGUAGGCCCCGUGUUUGGCAUCGUGAACACAUCAGUGUCGGAGGAAUGCGCGCUGAUCACUUGGGAAUACUUUGGACACCAUAAGAAUAUUUAUGUGGAAUACAUGGUAGAAAACAGUAAAGAGGACUGGAAAAAGGAGUCGGUAAACGGCUCUCACUCGCAUAUUUUAAAAGGGUUAAAGCCAGGGACGUCCUAUAGGGUGCGUGUGGUAGCUCGAGACCCGGCCGGGCCGACGCUCCACACCACAAGUGAAGAGGUGGUUACAGUGCCAGCCGUGCCCAGUCGGCAUGUGGACAUCGCCACCCAAGGCUGGUUCAUUGGGCUGAUGUGCGCCAUCGCUCUGCUUAUCCUGGUGCUCCUCAUCGUCUGCUUCAUCAAGAGGAACAAGGGUGGGAAAUAUCCAGUGAAAGAGAAAGAAGAAGCACACCAAGACCCAGAGAUCCAACCCAUGAAGGAGGACGAUGGCACAUUUGGAGAAUACAGUGACACCGAGGACCACAAGCCGCUGAAGGGCAGCCGGACGCCGUCCAACGGCACGGUGCGGCGUGACGAGAGCGACGACAGCCUGGUGGACUACGGGGAGGGCGGGGACGGCCAGUUCAACGAGGACGGCUCCUUCAUCGGCCAGUACAGCGGCAAGAAGGAAAAGGACACGCACGAGGGCAACGAGAGCUCAGAGGCCCCGUCGCCCGUCAACGCCAUGAACUCCUUUGUCUGAACUCCUGUCGUCCGUGGACACCUUAACUUUGACCGCAGUGGUUAAUCACCGUGGCAACCUGUCACCAAGGAUGCCCCAUCAUCUCCUUCCACCCCGACACCGUCGCACCUCCUGAGCAAACUCGGCAACAACGGACACCACCGCGCAGAAGGUGUCGAAGGAACGACUCUUUAGAGAAGCAAUAUAGAAAGGAAUGUAUCAGGAGCUUUAGCCGUACGUGUGUGCGCGGCUGUGUGUGUGCGCCGUUUGAUAUCCUUUGCUACCAUUUCGAGACAAACACAUAUGCGGGAGAUCGUGCGUUGAACCACACAUUAACUGCAUGGAGUCAGUCGUGAUGCUGUUUUUGUUGUCACGGAAAGGUACUGAGUUUUUAUUGUAUUCGGCCAUCCCAAAGUGGUAUUAUAUGGCGUAUGAUAGAAUUAUAUACAGUAUAUUUGGAGGGACGAAAAGCUUCAGAAACGGGAGGAAACUCAUCACACUGCAAAAAAACUCAAAAUCUCACCAAGAUUAUUUAUUUUGUUUCUAGUCAAAAAUAAUCUGAUUACAGUAAUCCCGCAAGUGGCAACACCUUUUCAACUUUUAAACAUACAUUAAUGCAGUAAUGUAAACAAUGUUUUGUUUUGUUUUUUUUUCAAAUAAGUGUUAUCAUGAAUUAAAAAAAUAUUUUUUUAUGUUUUAGGCUAGAAAGUGUACACUGCAUACACUCAAAAUCCAGCCAUAUGGGAAAUUAUGCGCAAUAUGAAUAUUAAAAAAAAAAAAAAAAAAAAAAAAAAAAAAAAACUUGCAAUGCACUGAAUCGGCCGUAGAUGAACAGCGAUGUAGCGAGGGAACGUACACUUAAAAUAAGACAUAACAUAAAAAGCGACUUGUUUCAAGAUAAUUUUGAUUUAUUUCAAGUUAAAGUAGACUAAAUUUAAUUCCCCCCCCCCCCCCCUUCUUCCACUGGAUUUUGUUUUUUUGUUUUUACUAAUUUCAAGUAAAAAUUGGCUUGAAACAAGUAGAAAAUUUUCAGAAAACAAGUUACUUUUUUAUGUGAUGUUUUAUUUUAGGUUGUAAUCAGAUUAGAUUUGACUAGAAAUAAAACAUAUUCUUGGUGCGAUUGAGUUUUUGCAGUGCAGCCACAGCAUUAUGCACAAUAUAAUGACGUUCUAUGUAACAAAUUGGAUCCCUUUAGUUUCAUGUUUCCAGACCUUUACUGAUCCAAGGCACUUCUUUUAGAUUAGAAAAAUCUCACAGCACACCACCAACUAAAAAUGUCACAAAAAAGUAUUUACUGUACAGCUAUAGUCAAGUCCCUGUGAAGUGAAAAUACAUCUUGUCUUGUAAAUUUGACACACCGCAAAUACGAAUGUUGUGAACAACCUUGCCAAAUUUAAAUAAUCUGCAAGUAUAUAAAAUGAGCCUUCAAAAUGGUGAAAAAUCUACUUUGUCUAGCAUUUUGCUUUGAGCAGCGAAAACAUUCGCUUAAAAAGCCUCCGGUGGCUAGAAAAUGUAUCCUACCGGGUCGUUGCGGGGCUUUUCCAUGCCGUGACAAUGAGGCGCUCGCUCUAAAGUCGCCACGCCAGCUUAAAGCCCCCAUCCUCACGCUGGCUGUCAUGUCGGACUUUUCGUUUUUCCCCCCUUUGCGCUUCCGCCUUCUCUCCAUGACAUGCAUGCACUCACGGCCGACAACGAGGCGCUCUUAAAUGACCACACCGGCACGAAGACCUCAUCCGCAUGCAGACUUUAAAAAAAAAAAACUCACCCCUCCUUGCUAAUCCGCCCUCUUCUGCAUGACGUGCGCACACUCAUGGCCCACAACGAGGCACUCAUAAGUGGCCACGGCAGCAUAUUAUCUGUAUGGAAGAAAAAACAUUUUUGAUGUAGGCAUAGCUAGCUGGCUAACCGCACCUCGCAAUUGCGCCAGAUAAUCGCUGAUGUGAACGAAUGCGGUCAUCUUGAGUGCAUCACGUGAUGCCAUUUUAGCCAAGCCCAAAAAUGAAAUCAUCAGUUUUACUCUAUCUCCAUAAUCCAUUCAGGAAUACAUUCUUCUCAGUCUAUCUUCAAACAUGUAUGAUAUAUUUUGAAGCAAAUCACUGAAUUCACUUUACAGGGUCUACUAUCUCAACGCAGUUAUACUCGCAGGAAGCUAUGACUUCUUUUUUUUAUGAAUGACGUGGAUACACAGGUUAAUUGUGCCAUUUAAUUGUUCUGCCUGUCACCGUGCGUCAAUCGCAUAAAUAGAUGAACAAAGAUACUUAUUUUUAGUAAAUAAAUGGGUCAUUGUCAUGUACUAUGAUCAAUAACGGUAAAGAUGUUAAAAAUGUAAUUUAUAAGUGUCUCCUAUGCUGUUAUUGAUUAUUUUAAAUUUUAAGCAUUCGUAGUAAAGGCAAUUCUUAUUGGCAGAGCAAAUGUUGAUGGCCGACUGAAAUACACUUCUUUUUAUAACGGUAAAGACAAACGUCCAUAACGGUAAAGAUUCAAGCUCACAGAUCCCUCCGGUGUAUUGCAACAACCUUAAAGAAGAAGUUCAUUAACGGUAAAGACAGCUUUGCAAAGAAGGACCAUUUGUAAAAUAAGCAUUAAAAAAAAAAAAAAAGCAACUCUGCUGACACUAAAAUGCAUUUGUGUUAGUGUUCAUGGGAAAAGCAUAUUAAGCAAUAGGAGAAAAAAUCCUGCACAGUAUAUCCAUAAAUGUAAUUGGCAUCUUCAAAAAACUUCGCAAAUCAUGAAACCUCUUUCGGACACUUAAUGGUAAAGACACACAAAAGGUUUGUCGAAUUAUUUUUUCUUUUUUUCUUUUAGAGACAAUUAAUGACACCGAUGGAUAACAUCUGUCAGUAAAUUCAAAUACUCAAGUCAGUAAAAUUUAUUUUCAAAAUGAAAUUCAGUGGGCCAUGUCUUUACUGUUAUUAAUCAAAUUAUAUGAAAAUGACCCCCCACAAAUAUUUUUUUUUUUUUUUUUGGACCACAGGUGAAAUUGGGUACUGUGCUAUGGCAACCAUUACAUUAGAUUGUGCAGCUGUACCUAAUGUUAUGUGUGGUGAUGUACAUUUAUUGAUCACUUUAAAAUAUACAAUAUAUAUACAUGUGGAAUGUUAAUUUCAAGGUCAAAGCUUUUUUUCCCUCAUAUUAGCACUUAUAACCAGAGGAACAAAUGUUCCUGAUGAUGCCGAAUGUGGGAAAGAAAAGUAGUUAACAGCUGACCCUGGUACAUUUAUGGUUAAAAAAAAAAUGUGGUACUGUUUACAAACAAAUGUGGGUGCAUGAGUGCCAUUGUGUGUCCGUGUGCGUGCCCACGCAUGUGUUAAACAUGCGUUGCGCUUCUUCCGUUCCAGGACUGUCGUCUGCUCGUCCUGCGACUCUCACACACAGAAUGUUGUUGUUGUUUUUUUCUGCUUCUCUGCUGUGUCGUUUAUCAUAACUUGCAUCAAGUUUUCUCGGUCCGCGUCAGCUUCCAAGUGUUUUUUAUUUUGUAAAUAACCGGUUUGACCUGAGUGUUGACAAACUACAACCCAGCUGCAUUGUGGGUAGUGUGACACGGGACUAUUUAUAGUUUUUAUUUGCUGUGAAUUUUUAUUUUUCUUAAGGUGAACUCACAAGCUCUAAAUGAGAUUAUUUUGCUUGUGGCCGAACUCUGGUGGCACCUGUCUUCUUCAUGCACCUUUUGUGUUGUUGUUGUUGUUGUUUUUUAAUAUAUUAAAUGCACACACAUUCA